AUGUUGGAGCCAAACAAGCCCAAGUUUGAUUUUGACUCUUUUUCCCCCUCUCAACCAUCCGUACAGCAGCCACCGCCACCGCCACCGUCGUCCCAGUACACCCCAGCGCCGUAUAUUGUCACAGGUGAAAGCGCACCGCCGUUGCCACCGGCAUUUGAUUCGAAUGGAGUCUUGCUGCAGCAAGCAGGACAACAGAGCGAUGAUCGUAUAUACAAGGGCGUGCACCCAUUUGUCGCCUUUUUUCAUGUUGCCUUUAAGGCGGGGGCAAUGUUAACGUUUAUUUUGGGGAGUUUGUUUAGCUCCAGCUACGUCACCAUCUUUGUUGUCACCAUCCUCUUCUUGGCGGCGGAUUUUUGGAUGACAAAAAAUGUGAGCGGACGCAUGCUUGUCCGUCUGCGCUGGUGGAACGAUGUGAAAGAGGACGGAUCGUCGCAAUGGGUAUUUGAAAGUGCCCCUGACGCGGAUACUCGUGUCAACGCCUUUGACAAGUGGCUUUUCUGGAUCACCACUGGCGGGAACUUUGGCGUGUGGUUACUCCUUGCACUCUUCAACGUGAUGUCCUCCAGGCUGCCGAUGGCUCUCAUUGGGGCCGUGCUGGGCGGAGCAAACUUUAUAGGAUUUCUAAAGUGCAGCCGGGAUGCAAAGAAGCGGGUGGCACAAUUCAUGCUGGCACGCGCUGCGCAAGAACAAGAAUUGGUGCGCCAGGCGGCGAGUGUGUUGUAA